AUGUCUUUCCGAGGCGACGGCCAGCGCCGUUACGGCCACCUUCCUCCCGUGCAAUACCCCACACCUGAGCAGUCGCAAGACCAGUCUUCUGCUUACCUCGCCCGACGCCCGAGUUUCAACAACGGUGAUGACGCCGCCAUGUUCGACCAGACCCGCGCACAAGCCCGAGGUCAUCGGCCAUCUGCUUCGAGGGGCGAGGACGAACUCUUCCUGACGAGCCCCACUGCCUCGAGCCAUUCCGGCGGCGGGCGUCACAGCUACGGCUCAAACAACAAUGCGCUCUCCGGCUACCAGCACCAGUACCAGGCUGCAUCGCCCCCAACGUCUUCUCACUCCAACUACAACCCCCAGGCCUUUGCGCGGACGCCAUCGACGGCCUCCACGUCUUUGCCAUACCACCCAGCCCCUUCGAGCAGGUAUGGGUCCGCCGCUUCGCCGACUUCCUACACGUCUCCCACUCAGUCCAGCUACGCGCCGGCGGCAUACAACCCGGCUGCCUACGCGGGCACAACAGCCCCCCAACGGCAGCCGACAUAUUCUGGCUACAACAACUACGGUCAGAGCUACGGCUCUCCGACCGCCACGGGGUUUGGUCAGUCGCCCGCCUCUUCUUACCCGUCUGCUUUCCAGUCUGUCCAGGCGCCCUCAGCCACUUCGCCAGCGCCAACCUAUGAUUCAUCAUACUCCCAAUCUUACGGCAACAGCUACAAUUCGUACCCAACGAACGGUAGCAGUUCCGCAGCGCCGUACCCCUCGGACAACUCGCAAACGCCGUACCCGAUGCAGACGUCUAUGCCCGUCGGGCCGGGUUACAGCGACCCUUUGGCCUAUUACACUAGAUCGACGCGAUCCGACUCAAUAUCGUCUGCGGUUUCGUCGACGCAGGUUCAACAGCAACACUCACCCGGCUUGCAGCGACAUCCCACCAACGCCCCUCUGCCCAGCCGCCCUAUGGAAGAGCCCACCUGGGACCCGAGCACCAUCACACCCACCGACGAGGACCAAGCUCAACUCCAAGACAAUAUCAUGCAAGACAUUGAAGCCGAAUUGGGCGGCCGGCACCGUCCUCUCCCGAUCAACGGUGGGCAGUUCUCCGAUGACGAGCUGCAAGGACUGCGACGAUAUAACUCAGACUUGGCCAGCAUGGCCCAAUCCACAUCUGCCUCGAACGCCAACAGGAAUCAGCUCGCUGCUUUCGACUACGACGACGAUGACGACGAUCCAGAGGGAACUGCGGGGGUUUUGGCCAUGCAGCAGGCUGAACUGGACGACAGGAGGUUCAGCAGCUUGCCGCCCUUCAUUCCGCACGAUCUUCCAGUCACCUCCAAUCCCCUUCCGCCGCCUCCUGAGGAGCAGAGUGACGAUACUGACUACGGUGGCAUGGAUCUGGGCGCACUUGCUGGCGGGUAUGCCGGAAACCUGGCUUACGGCAGCGAGGUACCGACCCAGGACGGAUCCCGGCCGCUGCCUAACCCCAACGACUACGCAGGGGCAUCCCCAUUCGCAGAGGCAGGAGUUGACUAUGGUGGCACCGGUGGUUUGCAGGCACCGUCUGCUCACCGACUGAGCUUCGACGAAGGCGAUGAGCCAGCUUCUCUGCACUCGAAACAGAGUGGCAGCGAGUCGCCCUACAAGGAGGAUUAUCCGGACAUCUUUUACCACCCCGGAUUGUCGAACAGACCGCUUCCAGCCUUGCCUCCAGGUCCGGGCAGCGACACAAGCUCUCUGCUCUCUGCCCACCCCACUACCCGCAGUUACCAUUCCCACACCCUCAGCACCGAGUCUCGGACACUUCAUGAAGGCGGCUCUGACUACUACGGCGGUUCCACGGGUCUCAACUCGCCCUACCCAGAGCGGUCCAUCUCUCUGUCGAGUCACAGCCACACGCCCCAUGUUCAAGCGCCGGUCCGGUCACGGACAGACGCGGCGGAAGAGCGGAGAAAGAUGGCCAGAUACCAGACGCAACAACAGCAGCUUGCGGCUCAGAAUGGGCUGCCGUACGACGGCUACGAAUCUGGAACGCCGUCGUCAUCAGUUACCUAUGACAUGAUCACGCUGCCUAGCGGUCGGAAGAGGAAGUUUGUCCCGUCAAAACUCACAUCUGGUGACCUCAGAAGGUGCUCAGAGCCGUGGGCAUUGAGUGGAAUCGCGGCUUGGAUCCGCGAGAUGGCCGACGCUGAGCCGGACCUUAAACAAAAGACGGUCGAGGAGGCACUGCUCAAGCUCUUCACCGCCAAAGUCCCCACCAUCAACGUUGCCGACGCCGAGCUUCUCAGCACUCGCGUGUCGCAGUUGAUGUUGGACGCCGGGGUUCUCGUUCCCGAGGAGGAAUGGGUCAAGUUCGGCAACGGCACUGUGUCUGGAGUCUUGCCGCAGCUGACGGGCUCUGGCUGCUAUGCGCCGAAGCUUCAUGAGGACGACUCUCAGCCGGGUCGCUGCUACUCUCACCAGUGCAUGAGGACGCUGAAGAAGGCCAACCUGGAUGAACUGCUUCUCGAAGAAGUCAAGCCGGCGGAUUGGAACGUACACUACAAGAUUCAAGAAGCCGAACUUGCCGAGAAGCCAAAGAAGGAAGUCGAACGCCAGCACGUCUUGCACGAAAUCGUGAACAGCGAGGAGUAUUUCAUCAGCCAGCUCGAGGUUCUGCGGGUGCUAUACCGAGACCACCUGCGGAACAGCCAGCCCCCCAUCAUCCCGCCCAACAAGAUUGAUAAGUUCCUUCUAGUUGUGUUUGGCAAGGCCGAUGCUGUUCAGUCCGUCAACAAGGACCACCUUUUGGCGCAGCUGAAAUACCGUCAACAGGAGCAAGGGCCGUGGAUCACCGGGUUUUCCGACCUCUUCCGCGAAUGGAUUCGAAAAGCCAAAGAUGUCUACAUUGACUAUGCAUCCCAAUUCCCCUACGCAGAGUACAUGGUGCGGAAAGAGGCUGAUCGCAACCUGCUCUUCCGCAACUUCCUCGAGCAAGUCAUGAGGCACAAGCGCUCCGAGCGACUGGGAUGGCAGCAUUUCCUCAAGACCCCCAUCACGCGGUUGCAGCGGUACUCGCUUCUACUUGAGACUGUCGAGAAGAAGACUCUUCGGGACGACGAAGAGAAGGCCAACCUGGCAAGGGCGAUCGCAGAAAUCCGCCACGUCACUAUGGAAUGUGAUACCAAGGUCGCUGAGAUGCAGAAGAAGGUGGAAAUGAUGGAGCUCAACAACAUGCUCGUCCUUAGGCCAGGCUUCCACUCGGUCCUCAACCUCGACCACCUCGGCAGAGAGCUUAUUAAGCAGGGCGAUUUGCAAAGACAGGGUUCCAAGGGUGUCAGAUGGGUUGACACGCAUGCUUUGCUUUUCGAUCACUACUUUAUCCUUGCAAAAGUAGUGACGCCCAAGGACGGCAGGGGAGAGAAGAAGUACGACGUAUCGAAAGAGCCCAUCCCGAUGCCUCUGCUAUUCCUUGACAGCAUGAACGACGACCCCAUAUCAAAGCAGAAGAGCAUUACCGCGCCCUUGGCCCGAACUACCGGAGCAGGUUCAGACCCUAGACUGAACAAGAUUGUCACCAACGGUAGCGAGCGUCCCGGGUUGGAGCACGUUCCAACGAGUUCCUCGAUAACGUCGAACGAUCCCGAGGGCAAGAUCCUCUACCCUUUCAAGAUCAAGCAUCUGGGCCACGAGACGUACAUAUUGCACGCCACGUCGGCCCAGAGCCGCGCGGAAUGGGUCGAAAAGAUCAUUGAGGCCAAGACGAGGCAUGCGAAGGCGCUCUUCUCACAAAAUGCCGAGCCUUUCCGCCUCCGUGUUCUUGCCGACAGCGCGUUCGUUUACGAUGCGGCGUCAGCUGUUGGCAGACAGCCGGGUGUUCCUAUUCGCGGUACCCCUCUCGACCGAGCAGUCCGUGAGAUUGAAGAGAUCUACGGGCCUGGUAGAGGGCCAGCCCCGGUAUGCAGAGCACAGGUCAACUGUGCCUGCGGCUUCAAUGCGUUCGGCAAGUCCAUCGUGGCCAUCGGCACGGACUACGGCGUGUACAUCUCGGAUGCCACAAACCCCCGUGGUUGGAUGAAGAGCGUUCAAACAACCAGAGUGACACAGAUUGCCGUUCUUGAAGAGUUCUCUGUCUGCCUCAUUAUUGCCGACCGGUCUCUCGUCGCUUAUCCGUUGGAUGUGGUCGCCCCAGUCUCGAAUUUCCCUGCUCCAGCGCACGACAACCCCAGACGAGCGCCGCAGAGGUUAGCCAAGGAUGUUGCCUUCUUCGCCACAGCCCGCAUGAAGGACCGCAUGCUUGUCUUUUUCAAACGGAAAGAAGGCAUGCACAACACCUUCAAGGUCCUCGAGCCCGUCUUUCAGAAGGCGAGCGAAAAGAGGCCUAGAAUAUUCGGUGGUCGCAAGGGGAUGGGAGGCAGCACCGAUGCCUUCCGCGACUAUGACGAGUUCUACCUCCCGACAGAAUGCUACUCGCUCAACCUCUUCCAGAGCUACAUCGCGGUGUCUACCGCGAAGGGUUUCGAGCUGCUUACCCUCGACAAGAAACAGACGAUGUCGAUCCCCGACCUGAAGCAGCCCGCCAUUGCCAACAUCGCCAGCCGGAUACGGGAUCAGAGACCGCUAGGUAUGUUCAAGCUGAACGACCAGGAGUUUUUGCUUGCGUACGAGGAUUGUGCCGUAUACGUCGACAAACACGGUGACGUGAGCCGCACUCUUAUUAUGGAGUACUCGGGCAAGCAGAAGAAGGCUUCGAGCGCUACGAUGUACGGUCAGUACCUCCUCCUCUUCAACGGGGACUACGUGGAAGUACGAAACGCCGAAAAUGGCCGCCUCCGACAGAUUAUCGCGGGCCGGGAUGUGAGAUGCCUCGACUUCGGUGUCAGGGGCCCCACGGGUGGUAACUCCUCAAACAACCAGAACUGGUUGAGCGGACAGACCCCGACCGGAGAGGACUCAAAGGGAACGGUCAAGAUCGCAAUGAGCCAUCCUGAGCAGCAUGGCAUACAGAUUGUUAUGGAGAUGCUUCUCAACGAUGGCCACAUGGAGAAGUAG